AUGAAAAAAUUAACUUUUAUUAAUAGAAAAUCACAAAAUGAUAAGCAAUGUGGAAAAUUAGAUGAUAAAAAUGAGUAUUUGCCAAUCAUUGAAUAUCCACAUCUUUCUCAACUUAAUCUUACUGAAGCUCAUGAUGAUUAUAUCGAAGAAUUUCUUAUUGAUACGAAAACCUGUUUACCAAAUAAUCUAUAUCUUUCUGUUGAUUAUCAAAGACUGAAACGUGUGACCCAACAUUUUACAAGUAAUAGAACACGAAAUAAUUGUAAAAAACUGCGUUGUUUAGGUCUAAUAGGGAAAUGUCGAAUUGCUAAAUAUGUAAAAGAAUAUUUUCCUCAUACAAAAAUAUUAUAA